CACAGUGGUGACAAUGCAGGCUCCUUCACCUGCUGGGCCGCUGAGGAAACUCCAGAAACCAGAAUUUUAACCCAUUCGCUAGUGCAGCCUUGUUUCCCAAAGUGACCCUUUCUCGUGAAAUGGCACAUGUUGAAUGCUGGCGUAUCAGAACAGCAGCAGACUUACCAAUGCUCCCUAAUAGCAUCUUUACAACACGUUUUGAUCAGCAGCUGUUGGGAAGCCACUUACACUUUACUGAGCCUCAGUUUCUCCUCUGUAAACUGGGGGUAGUAGCAUAACCCUGUUUAUAGGUACCCAGAGGAGGCACCCAAAGGGGGCAGAAACAUCAAAAUUCCAGGACUUCGUAUCCUACUUUUUCUGGGGAUCAUCUUUAGCUUCCUAUCCCUGUCUUUGUGGGUUUUUCAACCUUGCAGCCCCUUCUCUCCUCAUUACUUCUCUGUAGGGCUCCGUUUCCCAGAGAUUCCAGGGGUGUGUCCCACACUGGGCUUGGCUCUGUGUCUCACUCCCUCCACGGGAGGCUGCUCCCAAGGGAGGGGACUGUAGGGCUUACAGCCAGCACAGGACCUGCACCUGCAGGUCACCCACUUGGCCUUGAAUCACUGCACAGAUGAACAGAUGUAUUCAUGCCUUUCCCUUAUCAGGGACAGCGAUGGCUUUUAGCUCCUGGAGAAAGUCUGAACCAAGAGAUGACAAAUGAUGAUGGUAGAAAUUUCAUGCUGCACGACACACUCCCAAGAAAAUCAAAGAGGGCAAGUGACAGAGUCGGGACUCACUGCAUGGUACCAAUGAGCCAUCCACCCACACAAGCCAGUGAUGGGCAGCCCUGGGGACUUUCAGGCCAGAGGGAGGGAAAGAGUUAGCAGGAGAGUAGUAUCGCUUUCUGCAGAAGGACUGAAAGUGAGAAAGGUGAAGAGAGAAGAAGGUACACAAACAGCUUAAAUGUGUUAUAUUUCUGGUGAGUUUUAAGAACCUUUGAGGUUUUGUUUUCCACAUAAUCCGUGGUUUCUCAGCCAGGAAGAUACAGGGCAUGGUUCAGGGUGCUGAUAAUGAGCCGAUGUAAUUUCUCAAUGUUUAACCCUCAUAUCUCUCCCAUCAGGAAUUCAGCGGCGUGGGGGUGGGGCUCACAGGUGACACCAACUGCUACUAUAGGCCUCUGCCUUAUCAGCACCUCGUUACCCAAUAAAAAAUUCCUCACUUGCCAAAAAGCAGGAGGCCAUCUGCUCUGACCCUGCCCCCCCUUUGCUCCGUAGAAAAACCUUCUGUGUUCCUUUUGGAGUCCUGUGUGCUGUAUGAACCAUGUCACUAGUGGAUAAGGAGAGAGGUGUCCACUUGGCCACUGGGCUGCCUUCCUCUUUUCAGUCUCCUUAUACUCACUGAUCUUGGACUGCGACUUUUCCAGGGAGAGGGGACCAUUUUUUGGUCUAGAAUCUAACUUGCUAACUAUUGCAGGACCCUCUGAGGGGUCAGCCUGAAUUGCUACCCUUGGUGCAGCCACCACCAUCUCCCCCACGUCCUGCCUCUCCCUCAGGGGCCUCCUGUCUACAGAAUCCUGAUGGGUCGUCCUGACUGUGUAGAGAAAGUGGCCGAGGCCAAGCCAGGACCUCUUGUUGUAUGAACAACCCAGGAAGAUGGCGUGGUCACUAAAGAGCCGUAAGAAAAGGAUGUGCAGGGGGCCCCGCGGACUUACCCCAUCAACACAAGUCCACCAACCUUUCUGGAUGCCCACUCUGUAGAAAGCCCUGUGCUGGGCACCAGGGCAAUAACUGUGACUAAUACCCAGGCUGUGCCCAAGCUCUCCAUCUGGUGAGGGGAUGGAGGUGAGGAAACCAGCAGUGGUGCUGGAGGCAAUGGACUUGUGUGCAGGGGACAGAAGACCCAGUGCAGGAAAUGGUUCUGUCUGGUCAAGGAGGUUGGUUAGGAAGGACUCUCAACUCAGAAGGUUCUGUCAGAGCUGGGAUUUGAAGGAUAAGUAGGAACCUUAUGGGGGUAACAAGGGCAUUGCUGGGCAGAGGGAACCACAGGGGUAAAGAUUUGUAGACCUAGCUCGUCUGAAAGAUUUCAGGUAUUUUGGACUUUAUUUCUGUCAGUCAUGGAGACAGGGCUGUUUAGAGGAAAUUUAAGGUCAAUGGCUUUAUUUAAGUUUCGGUAACCUCGUUGAUGAUAUUGAUUUGGUUGUUUAUUGAAUUCCUACAGAAUAUGAACUCUGGGGAGGACUAACUGGCGUGUUCAUGAUGUUUUGCCAACUCUCGAGGCAGAGAGGCCUCUGGCAGGUGGAGCACAGGGGGCUCUUCCAUUGGCUGCAGCUCCAGCCCCACCUCCUUUCCCAGCGCUUAAACCUCCAGCCCCAGUGACUCUCCAGUGGGCAGCAAGGGGACCUCCGCACUCUCAGAGGCAAAGAGCAGCACACACGGCUGAAGGGACGCUCAGAGGAGGGAACCCCAGAGGACGGUGGCCAUGGACCUGAUCCCAAGCUUUUCUGUGGAAACCUGGCUUCUCCUGGCUACCAGCCUGGUGCUCCUCUAUCUAUAUGGGACCUAUUCCCACGGACUUUUUAAGAACCUGGGGAUUCCCGGGCCGAAACCUCUGCCUUAUUUUGGAAAUGUUCUAGAAUACCGUAAGGGCAUGAGGAAUUUUGACAAUAAAUGUUUUAAAAAGUAUGGGAAAAUGUGGGGGUUUUAUGACGGUAGACAGCCUGUGCUGGCUAUGGCAGACCCAGAAAUGAUCAGAGCAGUGCUUGUGAAAGAAUGUUACUCGGCUUUCACAAAUCGGCGGAAUUUGGGUCCAGUGGGAGUUAUGAAAAAUGCCAUCUCUGUGGCUGAGGAUGAGCAAUGGAAGCGAGUACGAACAUUGCUGUCUCCAACCUUCACCAGUGGAAAGCUCAAGGAGAUGUUCCCCAUCAUUGCCCAGUAUGGAGAUAUGCUAGUGAGGAACCUGAGGAAGGAAGCAGAGAAAGGCAAGUCCAUCAACACGAAAGACAUCUUUGGGGCCUACAGCAUGGACGUGAUCACUAGCACAGCAUUUGGAGUGAACAUCGAUUCCCUCAACAACCCACGAGACCCCUUUGUACAAUAUACCAGGAAGCUCCUAAGAUUUGAUUUCCUCGAUCCAUUUCUUCUCUCAAUAAUAUUAUUUCCAUUCCUCAUCCCAUUCUUUGAAGUAUUAGACAUCACUUUGUUUCCAAGAAGUUGUGUGAAAUUUUUCACACAGUCUGUAAAAAGGAUGAAAGAAAGUCGCCUCAAAGAUCAACAAAUGCGCCGAGUGGACCUUCUUCAGCUGAUGAUUAACUCCCAGAAUUCCAAAGAAACGGACGCCCAUAAAGCUCUGUCUGAUCAAGAACUUGUGGCCCAAAGUAUUAUCUUCAUUUUUGCCGGCUAUGAGACCACUAGCAGUUCUCUCUCCUUCCUGGCGUAUAUGCUGGCCACUCACGCUGACGUCCAGCAAAAGCUGCAGGAGGAGAUUGAUGCGACCUUCCCCAGCAAGGCCCUUCCCAGCUACGAUGCCCUGGCACAGAUGGAGUACCUUGACAUGGUGGUGAAUGAAAUUCUCAGAUUAUUUCCACUUGCCAGUCGGCUUGAGAGGGUCUGUAAGAGGGAUGUGGAAAUCUGUGGCGUGUUCGUUCCCAAGGGGACCGUGAUGAUGGUACCGGUUUUCUCGAUUCACAGAGACCCAGAGCUCUGGCCGGAGCCUGAGGAGUUCCGCCCUGAAAGGUUCAGUAAGAAGAACAAGGACACCAUAAAUCCUUACACUUACCUGCCCUUUGGGAUUGGACCCCGCAACUGCAUUGGCAUGAGGUUUGCCCUCAUGAACAUGAAACUCGCUCUCGUCAGAGUCCUGCAGAACUUCUCCUUCAAACCUUGUAAAGAAACACAGAUGCCCCUGAAACUAAGCCCUCAAGGACUUACACAACCAGAAAAACCCAUUCUUCUGAAGGCUGUGCCCAGAGAUGGGACCGUAAGUGGAGCCUGACUUUGCCUGAUGACUCGGGCUUGGUUCCUCAAGGAAGCUGCACCCCAGAGCUUCAGAGACCUUGAUUUCCUUUGUGAUAAGAACUCGAAAUAAAGAUAAGCUUGAUCUAGUGCAUUUGA